AUGGCACUCUCUUCAUCCGGUUCUCGCCCAGCGACAGGAGAAUUACCAAGUCCUUCUCCCCCUCUCACCCAAUACAUGAAUGCCUCUAUCUCGUCUUCCCUAGCCCUCCCAUGUAGGCUCUCGAAUUCCAAAAUCCGUCUAUCCACCUCCGCCCCCCAAGCUGCCCAGGCAACCUCCCUUGCCAUCCGUAUCUUUGUCCUCAAAACCGCACAUAGCCCCACCAACAGCAUUGUAGGCACCCAUCCGCAGACCCCCAGGGCUAUAGAGAAGCGCCAGCCGUUGGGAAACCCAACGCGUAGCCCGAUAGCAACAAUCAUUGUUACAACCGACACAAUAAAAGCGUAUGGCAGGUAG